AUGGUCUUUGCGUUGCCAAUCCCUUUAAAAAAUGUAAAUUUCCCACCAUCCCUCCUGGGCCUGGCCUUCUUCCCGGGUGUCCCCUUCGGUCCUCCCGGCGAUUCUUUCGACUUCCUCUCCGGCGUCUUCGACAAGGUCGACUUGUACGGUUUCGGCGACUACCAUUCGUACGAGACGAUUCUGAAGUAUUUGGAUGACGUCGCAAAUGCGUAUCCAGCCAUUGCCAGGACAUUUAUUGCUGGGACAUCAGCCGAAGGGCGGCCAAUUAAGGGAAUUAAGAUCGGCAACCCAAUCAACAGCGCUACCAAACGAUCGGUGUGGAUAGAUGGUGGAAUUCAUGCCCGAGAAUGGGCCGCCGUUCAUACCGUACUAUGGUUUGUGAACCAGCUGAUCUCAACAUACGAAACCGACUCUGAAACGCGUCAAUUCGUGGACGGUCUCCAGUUCUACCUUCUGCCAGUCGUGAAUCCAGAUGGAUAUGAAUUCUCUCGAGAUGAUAUAACUCCGAUGCAUCGACUAUGGAGAAAGAAUAGAGGAGGCAUUAGAUGCAAAUUGGAUCGAUGGUUUCGGGAGAGAUGCUGUGGGGGCGUCGAUUUGAACAGGAAUUUCGACUUUCAUUGGGCUGAAUCUGGCUCGUCGACGGAUCGUUGUUCCGAGGUGUACCAGGGUGAUACCGCAUUUAGUGAGCCGGAAUCCAGAGCCGUUCGCGAUAUGCUACUAUCUCCAGAAUUAAAGGGCCGCACCGAUGCCUUCAUUACGCUACACACCUAUGCACAGAUGUGGAUCCACCCGUACAGUAACCAAGUACGAACCUAUCCGGAAGACGUUCAGGAUUUGCGAGAAGUUGGGCUAAAUGGGGUGGCGGCGUUGGAAAGGGAUUACGGUACCGCGUACAGAUUCGGAACUGGAGCCGACAUUUUAUACCCCUCCUCCGGCGGUUCGGACGAUUGGGCGAAAGGGGUGGCCGGGGUGAAAUAUGUGUAUCUACUGGAGUUGCGACCAGCUGAUGAGGUGUGGGAUGGGUUCCUGUUGGACCCACGACAAUUGAUACCUACAGGGAAGGAGACGUGGGAUGGGAUAAAGCCCCACAAUUCUGCACUGACAGAUCGCCGUGGUGUGCCGCUUGGCUACAGGGAAAUCCCGAUGUUUGCAGGAUCUCUUCAAUCUACAUGCGACGCGACUGCGCGAGAAGCUGCGGUUUCUGCCGACGGCGCAGCGUGCGUCUCGUUCCUCAUGCUCGUGCCCUCGGGCUCCGAGUCGAAG